AUGAGAUUCAGAUCCCUCAUCUCUCUUCUCUUCCUUUUGUUCAUCACUACAUCGACGUACGCUCGAUUCGUCGCCGUACAGCCAUCUUCGACCGGUCUCAUCUCCGAUGGAAUCGACGGUGGAAACCUCCGCUCCGAAUCGAUCAUCAAGACGGUGGUUUCGGCUCCUCCGGCUGAAGAGAAGGAGGAAGCUUGUGAACAGACGUACGGAUUCAUGCCGUGUACUAAGACAGCGCUCGGAAACGUGUUUCUGAUUCUGGUUUACGGGUUUCUCAUGUUCACGGCCGCGACGUAUCUAUCUGCCGGAAGUGAGCUUCUUCUCGAGAUCCUUGGCCCUGGAAUCGUCGGUGGUUUGUUUCUUCCGAUGCUCGGAGCUCUUCCUGACGCUAUGCUCAUUAUGGUGUCUGGACUUUCUGGAGACGCAACAACUGCGCAAAGCCAAGUCUCUGUGGGGAUGGGAUUGCUCGCUGGCUCCACCGUUAUGCUUCUCACUGUAAUCUGGGGAACUUGCACAGUUGUUGGCAAGUGUGACCUUCAUGAUUCAGUUGCUGUGAACAACCAAGACACUAAAGGCUUCCACCUUAAAGAUUCUGGUGUGACUGUUGAUAUUUGGACGAGCUAUGCUGCAAGAAUCAUGGCUAUAUCGGUUAUUCCGUUUGUCAUUGUCCAGCUUCCACAGAUGUUGAGUUCAACAUCUGGAAGACAUUUGUCCGUCUUGGUUGCUCUUAUCCUCUCCGUUUCAAUGUUGAUCUCUUACUGUGUAUAUCAGGUCUUCCAACCUUGGAUCCAAAGGAGACGUCUCGCUUUUGCGAAGCACAAGCAUGUUAUAUCAGGAAUCCUAAAGCAUUUGAAACAACAUGCUUUGGGAAGGCUUCUUGAUGAUGAAGGUCAGCCUGAUGAACAUGUCAUUCGAAAGUUGUUUGAGACAAUUGAUGCAAACAAGGACGGACACUUAUCAGCAGCUGAGCUAAAGGCUCUUAUCAUUGGGAUCAGCUUUGAGGAUAUAGAUUUUGACAAGGAUGAUGCUGUGGGAAAACUUCUCCAAGAUUUCGAUAAGACUCUUGACGAGCAAGUUGAUCAAGAAGAGUUUGUCCGUGGGAUUAAGCAUUGGCUUCUCCAGGCAAUGGGAGCUUCUGGACAUUCUGGUCCUGAUGCCGGACCUCGAACGAUGAAGUUCCUUGACACUUUCCAUACGCAAACAAAGAGAGAGCAUGCUUUGUUGGGAGAUAAUGAAAAUGGUGAGAAUGAUGAGGAAUCAGGAGAGGUUGCAGACCCAAAGUGGGUCACCAUUAAAGCAGCUCUGUUGCUACUGUUGGGAGCUGCUAUUGCUGCUGCAUUUGCUGAUCCUUUAGUUGACACGGUGAACAACUUCUCCGCAGCCACAGGGAUCCCAUCUUUCUUCAUCUCCUUCAUCGCUUUGCCAUUAGCCACCAACUCAAGUGAAGCUGUCUCUGCCAUCAUCUUCGCCUCCCGGAAAAAGAUCAGAACCGCCUCCUUAACUUUCUCUGAGCUAUGUGGCGGAGUGACAAUGAACAACAUUCUGUGUCUCUCAGUGUUCUUAGCAAUCGUGUACGUUCGAGGACUAACAUGGAACUUCUCAUCGGAAGUGUUGGUGAUUCUCAUCGUCUGUCUGGUGAUGGGAAGCUUCGCUAGUUUCCGCACAACGUAUCCUCUUUGGACAUGUUUCAUAGCUUACUCGCUUUACCCAUUGUCCUUGGGGCUGGUCUAUAUUCUUGAUUACUGGUUUGGCUGGUCGUAG